AUGAAGUUCCGACGACCAUCGAACGCCGUCAGAAACCAGACAUGGUGUUCACCCUGGACAGACUGCAACAGUGAGCUGUUCAAAUCAAAAUAUCGCCUUUGUGCCAAAUUCCGUGGCGAAGUAUACAUGCUUUUCUUCGAACUCCAGGGCGUGCAGGUCAAUCAGGGGGGAUGGAAGAGUAUGCCCUUUGGUUGGCAAGUCCAUGCCCUUGUCAAUAGAAAAGAAGGAUGGGGUAAAACCGGGAAGUCGGAAACGCCGAAUAUGUCCCAAGAGCUAUCUCGGGUCACUAUCGAGCCCAAUAAGAAGCAACAGGUCAAGGGAGAUGUGCGACUAUUCCUCGAAAACGUCGAAGGGUUUUCGACAACCUGCCAAAUCAAUACCGAAUUCUGA